UGGACUUGACCAGAAAUGUUUGGAGACCAAAGCAAAUCUGGAGGAGCUGGCAGUGAGCCGUGGGCCGCGCUGGUCUCAGCCAGAUUUCCCGGCCAAACGCGGGAGGAGAGAUGCCCUGGACCGUCCUGCUCUUUGCAGCCGCCUCCCCUAUCUUGCUUCGCAGGCUCCUUGGCUAUCCCAGCGCCAUCCAUCAUGCUGGUGCCCCCACAUCCCAGCAGCCAGGAGGACCCCAUCCACAUCGCAUGCAUGGCCCCCAGGGAUUUCCCGGGGGCGAAUUUCACACUGUAUCAAGGGGAGGAGGUGGUGCAGCUCCUGCAGGCCCCCGCGGACCAGCUCGAGGUCAUCUUCAACCUGAGUGGUGGCAGCAGGGAGGUUCCAGGGGGACCAUUCCGCUGCCAGUAUGGCGUGCUCGGCGAGCACAGGCAGCCUCAACUGUCGAACCUCAGUGAGCCCAUGCACGUCUCCUUCCCAGUGCCCACCUGGAUCCUGGCACUCUCCUUGAGCCUGGCUGGAGCCUUCCUCCUCCUCGCUGGGCUGGUGACCACUGCGUUGGUCGUCAGGAAAGUUAAAGUAAAAAACUUGCAGAAGAAACGGGAGCGAGAAUCCUGCUGGGCCCAGGUUAACUUCGCCACCACAGACAUGUCCUUCGAUAACUCCCUGUUCACCAUCUCCAAAAUGACUUCAGAAGAAGACGCAGCCACCCAGGAUGCUCCCUCAGGCUCUGCUGCGACACCUGGCAACUCUGGGACCCGGAAGAGGCCCACCUCCACGUCAUCCUCACCUGAGCCCCCAGAAUUCAGCACAUUCCGGGCCUGCUAGGGGAGCCCUUCCCUCCGUCUGCGUGCCCUCCGUUCAGCCCUCCCCCUUGAGCUGGCUGGGCUUUGCAGGGUCUCAGUUCCCUCCAGCUACGUUGGGGACUUCUCGCUGCUGCUUCCUCAGGGCAGUGAACAGAGGAAAUGAAGGGGACCCCCUGGCCUUGGGACCUUCCUCGCAGAGGAGCAGGAGUGGGAGAGGGGAUGCAAGCAUCUGCCUGGAGUUUGGACAGAAAGCAGGAAGCCUCUCUGGAUUGCCAGCUUUUCAGACCACCACGGAAGGAGCUGUUAGGAUCCCUCAGCCAGGCCAUUAUGAAGUCUGAGCUCUCCACACACCCCUCCGCUUUCCUUCGUCCCAUGCAUAACAUGGUGUGGACACCAUGCACACUGUCCCAUGCAAAAACCCAAUAACACCUGACUUGGGUUUUUGGAGCAUAGGGUACCUGGGGGUUAUAUUCUAUGUGCCCUGCUGGCAUGCCUAAGUUAUUAAUUAUAAUGCUUGGAGCUGUUC